CCUCGGUAUCGUCCCUAAGAUAUCAGUCUUCCGUUGGAUUUUAUGGUUAAUCACUGACACUGCAGUUUAUUGAACAAUCAUUAAUCUGUGUGUGCCAGUUUAGUGGCAUUAUUUGGUGAACACAGUCUCAUUGUGGAGCUGAGGGGUGUGCCACAGAGUAUAAAUAGUUGAACAAAGGCCCUUUUGGUGCUGACAAGAGGCUCGAAACCCGAAACUGGGAGUGAUUCGUCCCUCUGGUAACUCUACACGCUCACACACUGAGAGGCUGGACGGAAUAGAGUGAUUUAGAUCCUGAGUGGGCGAACAGACGAGGCAGCACGCGGCUUUCCACGCUGCUGCUGUCAGGUUUUUCAGGUGCUUAAAGAGGAUUAUAUGAGCAAGAAGAAGACCCAGCCACCCCUCCUGCCAGCCCCUUGUAUGAGCUGAAAAAAAAGAGGGAGAAGAAGAGGAAGACACCCGGACAGACCACACCCAAGAGUCCCAACAGCCUCCGAAAAGAGUCUCCCAUCUCACCUCCCAGACUUGUAAUCCUACAGUCUUCUUUGUCCAGUCAGGAUGUCUGCAGUCCAAGAGCUGCUGCUGCUGCCUCUGGCCCUCCUGGUGCUUCAAGCGUCUCUGUGCCAUGGAGCCUGCGUGGAGGUGGACUCAGACACAGAGGCCGUGGCCGAUGGAGGCUUCAAACUGGGCUGCAUCUCCUGUAAGAUGAGGGGCGAGGUGCGUGCCACCGCCUCCGUCAAGUGGUACUUCAAGGCAUUAGAUGAGGCCAAUUUUACCGAAUUUUACAACUAUGGGAAAUAUAACGACAACAUCAUUGACCCACGUUUCACCGGGCGUCUGUUCUGGAACGGCAGCAAGCAAACCGAAGACCUGCAGGACGGCUCCAUCUUCAUCAUCAACGUGACCUUCAACGACAGCGGAACAUAUAUGUGCAAAUUCAGCCGCACCCUCAACUAUUCCAACUUCCAGUUUAUAACCAACUCCAACAAGACAUUCUUCAUGAAAGUGGUGCCACAAAUCACUAGGGGACUGGCAUCCAUCUUGUCUGAGGUGAUGAUGUAUGUCACCAUCAUCGGGCUGCAAGUGUGGCUUGUGGUUGAGAUGAUAUACUGCUACAGGAAGAUAUCAGCGGCGGGAGAGGAAGCUCUGAGAGAGAGCGCGGCGGAGUAUUUAGCUAUAGCAUCGGAAAGUAAAGAUAAUUGUGCAGGUGUACAAGUGGCAGAAUAGCACCGGGCGAGGAAGAAUCCACUCUCAUCCUUUCUCCUCUCACCGUAGCUCACAUCCCGCCAUCCUCUUCACAAGAUGGGAAAGCCAAAGCAAAGAGAGCAGGAAGAUCUUCAUAGAAAGGGGUUUUCUUUUUUAAAAGUAACUUUCUGAAAAGGAUGGAAAGAGCUGAACUGUGUCCUAUUCUUAAAGGGACAGGAGGGAUGCAUCAUGUCGCGGUCCAACGGGAGAGAGACUGGGUUGAGCUGUAUAUUGGUGUGUAUGUAUGCACAGAUAAUCUUAUAUCGAUAUUAUAGGCCUACAUUUAUAUCCACUACCUGCAUGCUUAUGAGCUAUUCAUAACGACCAACAUCAUGCAUCUGAGGUUCUGUCAAGUUUUUAAGAGUUUUUAAUUACGAGUACGACUACAUUUGACUGCAAAUGUUCUUGCUGUAAUGAUGGUAUGUAAUAUUUAGAAGAAUUUCAUUAUAAUCAGGCUGAAAAAAGUCUCAGAAAAAGAGCAAUUAGGCCAGAACGGGAGACGAUAAAUGAAAUAUUUAAAGGAAAAAAAACACAAUAGAAGGUGCAUCAUAUAAGCAGUGGCCACAAAACAGGGGAUUAUCUUUUCGGAAAAGAUAUAAGGAAACUCACUGACAUUUUUAAUUAGGCAAUUGGGAAACUAUUAGCAAGGGUUCAACCCCUGCUGACAACUUUUUAAAGGCAAUCUGAAUAUACAGAUUUUAUUUAAGCGGAUAUAAGAAUGUGACAUAAACACACGUCAGGUUAAAGCCGUUGCAUUCAGUUGUAGGUUUAAAUACAAUAAAAGAGAAAUGUGAGGGUUCAGACUCUCUGCUAACCAAGAGAAAUGAUGUCUGUACUAAAUGUUAAGUCUGCUUAAUGUUUAGCUCAUCUCUGGAGGGCAUUUAUUAGUAUAAUAGUUUGAGUUAUCAGUUUACAAAUUAAGGGACAUGCAGUCCACUGUACAUUCCAUGUUGAACAUAUUAGAAAAACAUCGUCAUGUUUUUAAGCGUUUCAUAUCGGACUGGGGAAGCAACAGAGAUGAGAUCAACACAGUGAUGAUUUUACUGUUUUCCUGAAUCCCAGAGUCAAGUUGCCAAAAUCAGCCAUAAUUUUUGAGGCGAAAAGCUAAAUUUCAGUGGGAUUCCCUUUAAAUUAAUUCAUUUAAAACUCACUCGGAUGGUGGUGAGGAGCAAAAAAUGGCCCCUGAAGCCAAAGAGUGACUUUGUGUGACAUGUGAGAAGACGAUGUCCACUUUAUUGCACCGUACCAAAUGUGUAGCAAACCAAAAAACUAAAAAAAGCAGCUUUUACCAAUUUAUCAUGAAUGAUGACGAAAGUGUCUCUUUUAACUGGAUUUGUCUACAGUGGAAACAUUCCCACAGAUGUGUUAUUUCACACACGUCUAAGUGUUUUUGUAGAAACUUAAGGGCUUGGAAAAUUGCUCUGUGUGUCUAACUGCCGUGGGCAAAUGUACCACAAAACCUGUCCAGUGUGCCUCCCUGGGUGAAGCCUUGUGGAAACCCCCCAAAAAGGAAAGAGGUGUUACAAAUCUUUAGUGUUUGUAAAAAUAAGCUGGAGGGCAACUUGCUUCUCUUUCCAGAUGACCAGACAUCGACUGUCGGUGAACACUAGAUGGAAGCAAAACACUGCCACUCUGCAUGAUUUACUGCUCAUCAACUCUGUACCAAAACUGAGUUUCAUACAUUUUGAGAUACCGAGAAUGGGACACAAACCAACUGAUAAAUGAAUACAGAAUAACUGCCUGCUUACUGAUGGAAGAAGAUUAGUACAGUUUAAACAGAAUGUCCAAAGACUACAAGCUAAAACAAAAAAAGCUAGCAAAAAAAAGACCAAAACGAGGGAUAUCUCUGCUCAAUGAGUGAUUUACUUUUUGGGUAUGCUGCAUCAGUUAACAUCAUCUAAACACCUUUUCCUGCAUAGAUGAACCAACUAGUGAAGUAAAAACCACAAUGCUCCCCACAUUGUUGUCAAAACUGCUGUUUUCACUUCAUGUGCAGGUGUGCAAAUGUUGCUCAAUACAAAUAUGAACUAAAUAAAGUUCUUU